CCGGUUUCAAAUUGACCUGGGCCUGGGGUCAAGUGAAAAAUGGGGGACAGAGGAUGGGAUCCGUUUAAGACUUUCAAAGUUUCAGAAGAAGAACGCGAUUUAAUUGAUAGAAGACGAAAAACGAGGGACAAAUUUAGAGCAGAAUACAGAAAAUUAUAUUCAGAUCCGCGCAAACCUCCAAUUCUGGAUCAUAACUUUAUGAGAUGGUAUGCUUACAGAAACAACCAGAGUGCUCUGCAUCAAUUGACAAAACGUUCCGUCAUUGGAGGAUUUAAAUAUUCUGUUCUCCCUAUUGCAAUUGCAUAUAACAUCUUAAGUUAUGCUGUAGACAGGAAAGAAGAAGACAUUAUGUCAGGAAAGUUAACAUGGAGACAGAGAGUCCGGGGAGAGGGCUGUCUGGGAUCCGGCUUCUAAUGACUGUCAAUACACUGAUAAACUGUGUUAUUGUUAAAAGUUUUGUGUUUAUAAUAUAAGUGAAUGAAAAAUAAACCGUGAUUAACUGACAGUGCUGUAGACCAAGA